UUCAUUUAAGCGGCCAGUUUACGUUGAAAAUUUUCUUCAGUUUGCAACAAAAAUAUAUUAUAAAGACGAGAUGUAUUUAUUUAGUAUUUUGGUAAUUUGUUCAUCAAUUUUAAUGCUAGAAGCGUUUGACUUGCAUUCAUUAGACUAUAUCGAUGAAAUAAUAUCAUUCGUUACCGAGAGUUCUUCGGAUGAAACUGCCGGCCAACAAUUGGAUCAAUUGAAAAUUGAUAAUGAGAAAAAUUAUGCCAAGAUAAUUAAUAAAUAUUUUACGAAAGCUCCACAUUUAGAAGUAACGGAUGAAGAGUAUGAGGAACUAGAAGGACUGAUUGGGAAAAUUGAUAAAGCUUGGGAACAAUUUGGAACCAAAGAUCUAACGGAUGAUGACAAGAAUGAGCUGGGUGAUUUGCCUGAGACUCUUAGCCAGCUGUACAAAAUUUAUGUAGGCGAUAGUGCUGACAAGAAUUUACCCUCUCGCAUUGCCGAUGAUGAACGUCCAAAUGUUUGUGAAAUAAAAAGUAGUGAACAAUUACGACUGCGUAAAUUACAUCAAUCUGUUAUUUUAUCUGAGCUUAGAGGAUAUAUUUUGAGUCUCAAGUCAUCGGAGGACGUUGAAAAAACCACAGCACGCGCUAUUUUACAUUCGGAAGAAUAUAUUUUAGCAACCAAAAAUGGGUUUACAAAAACUGUAAAUGUGUUCCGUCGCUGUGAUCCACCUGAACAUAUUCGUGGAAAAACAUUUUCGGAAUUUUUGGGCCUAUUUCAAGGAGUUAUUGUCAAUAAUCAACAGACAAGUGCAUUUGAUAAUAAGUGUUCAAACUCCUGCGAUGGUCUCGAUUUUUCCCGUAUCGACAGAUGUUAUACAGGGCGAGAUUGGUUUGAUUUUCCCGUAAGAAUUUGUCAUGCAAAGCCUUGCAAUGGGAUACUUUAUGAUUGUGUCAACAGCGGGAAAACAGAAGCCUGUGAACUGGGUGAAAAUUCUGAUAGACGGUUUCAAUGGGCCAAACGAGGAGAUGAUAAAAUUCUAGGCGGAUCUGCGGAUUCUUGUGAGGGAAAGACAUAUCUUUUAAGCGAAGGUUACACAGCGUAUAAAUAUUGUCGUACUUGUAUGUGUACUUGCGCUGAACAAGAUGGUAUUUCUACUGCAAUUAGGACAAUUAGUUUGAUACCACAAUUCGCAGACAUUGAAAAUAAUAUGGUAGUUACUGGAGUACGUUUUGUCAAGAAAUAUCGCUUAUUUCAUGUUCAAAUUGAGCAAAGUAAAUUAGGACCUUAUGGUGAAAUAGUACCAGGGACAUCAAAGUGGAAAAGAAUUUCCCGAUUUUCUUAUGACGAUAAAGACGAUGGUGGUUUUCUGAUGGAUACUAAAAGAGGUCAACGAAAAUUAUUCAAUAAUGAAGGUUUUAAAUUUAUUACCCAUGAUAGCAGAACAAUAAAUAUCGAUCAAUUAGAAACACCAAAAGGUGAAAUAAUUGUUGGAGUUACUUUUGUUUAUAACAAAGAAACAAAAGCUGUUGAAUUACAAAUUCUAUCAUGGCCGUUUGAUUACAAAACUGGUAAACUAGAAGAUCCCGUUGAUUUGGAGGAAGAGGAAGCUGAUUUUGAAAGUGAUUGGAUAAAUUGGAAAACUACACCAGGACGUUCGAGGGAAUACGAUAGAAAGAGGCGUUAUCUAGAUUUGUUCCUAUUGGAUGAUCCCAUAAAAGCACCUAAAAACCCACCAUAUUCAGAUCCCAAUGAAGCACUCAAAAUACGAGCUACUGGUUUUGGACCAGACAUGGCCCAACACACUAUUCCUUAUAUUGAUUUACAGCCGGUAGCAUUAUCAGAUCUAAAAGCUCCGCUUAGUGGAUUGGAAUUAAUUUACCGAAGACAAAAAGGUUAUGGAGGUUUUUUGGGUUUUAAAAUACGCGGAUACGAUUUUACUGACUUUUUCGGUAGUGAAAUGUCACAAGAUGACUUAGAUAAAUACAAAAAUGAUUUUGAUGAAGAUAUUGUUAUUGAUGUACCAACUAAAUCUGAUUAAUUAUAUAAUUAUUAUAUUUUUCUCGAUAAUUUUAAAUUCGCUUCGACUUUGUUAAUUAUUAUUGUAAUUAACUUAAAUCAAUUCAUAAACAAAAUUCUGUAAUGAUUUUUGGCUGAAUAAAGGAUCAAUUGUUUCGCAAAAAUAAC